AUGGACCAGAGAAACGAAGAGAAAGUCACUUCAAACACGCUCAAGUCACGAGAUUUGCCUACCUCUCGAAUGCAUCGUCGCCCCCAGCCGCCAGGUGUCCGUGAGGACGACCAAAGCCCGCCGGGUGAUUGGACGCCAUCAUCAUCAAUGAGCGGAGGAAAUCGAAACCAUCAACCUUGGCCCGAGGAGAUCCUACGCGACCUUGACAAGUAUCUAGGUCAACACAAAGAUGCGAAAGACUGCGUUUACCUGGCUCGGCACUUAUUCAAUGGGAGCGAAUACGCAGGAGACGGUGAUGUUACCCACAAGAUUCUCGGCGUCUUUCGUUCAUUGGAGAGUGCCAAUGUCAAGGCCAUGGAAUAUGCCUGGAAGGAAUACGACCACUUUUUCGAUAUGCGGGUUGUCAAUAAACUCGUGGACGAUGAUGAAUACGACCUGGAGGACACGCUGGCAUGGUGGGUGGACCGCAAGCAUGGCGACUUGACUCUGAAGGGGUUCAAUAUGGAGCACAGCGGGAAGUUCAAGAUCUGGGUUGAAAAGAGAAGGCUGCAGACCUAG